AUGAGAUUGUUCUUAAUAUUUGCGAUUCUGUGUGGUUUUUACAAUGAAGCCUAUGGGAAAGGUUCUUUAGAUAUCGAUAUGAAACUGAAGUCUCUUAAUAAGCCUUCCUUGAAGACCAUCAAGAGCGAAGAUGGAGAUAUAAUAGAUUGUAUAGAUAUCUACAAACAACAUGCCUUUGAUCAUCCCGCUUUAAGGAACCACAAGAUUCAGAUGAAACCGAGCGUGGACUUUGGUACAAAGAAAACUACUAUUCCAAACAACGGUUCUUCGGAACAAAUAACGUCUCAAAUUUGGUCUAAAUCCGGAAAUUGUCCCAAAGGGACAAUACCGGAGGCUGUCCUUAUGGCCUUAGGGUAUAAUUUUAUUGGAGCUCAAUCCGAUAUAAAUGUAUGGAACCCUCCGAGGGUUCAGGCUAGCGACUACAGCUCUGCUCAGAUAUGGCUGCUUGGUGGCCUCUCAGAUACUUUUGAAAGCAUAGAAGCUGGUUGGGCGGUGAAUCCAAGUGUUUUCGGAGACUCCCGCACACGUCUUUUCACAUAUUGGACUAAAGAUGGAUACUCUAAAACGGGGUGCGUCAACCUCUUAUGCGCAGGUUUUGUGCAAACAACUACUAAGUUUGCAUUGGGUGCAGCAAUAGAACCCGUUUCGACUACCUCGCAAAAACAACAUUUCAUCACCGUGAGCAUGUUCUUGGAUACCAACAGCGGGAAUUGGUGGUUGACAUGUGCUAACAACGUGAUAGGUUAUUGGCCGGGGACACUCUUCGCCUACCUCAAACAUAGCGCAACCGCUGUGCAGUGUGGUGGAGAAGUACAUAGCCCAAACGUGGGGAAGAAGCCACAUACAAGAACUUCAAUGGGGAGUGGGCAAUGGGCCUCUUACCUCUGGGCUCAAGCUUGUUACCACAGCAACAUUAGAAUCAAGGACUAUUCCUUGCAGAUCAAAUACCCCAAAUAUCUGUCCGAGUACGCUGAUGAGUACGAGUGUUAUUCUACAAAGCUCCACCGGAAAACAUACAUGUCAGAGCCCUACUUUUACUUUGGAGGACCUGGCCAGAAUUCUCGUUGUCCUUAAUCUUUG